UAAAAGCAACUAACAAAUACUCUCUCUCUGUCUCUCUCUGUCUGUCUCUCUCUCUGUCUCUCUCUGUCUCUCUCUCUCUGUCUCUCUCUCUCUGUCUCUCUCUCAUUCAGUUGAACAAUGUCACGGAGGAAGCAGCUCAACCCUCAGCACAUCCGACCGGCUGUUGAGGAUGCGUCUGUCAGUCCGGAGGCUCCUCCUGCGGUCUGCAGCCGCUGCUGUGCAGAGUUCAGUUCGCUAUCAGACCUGAAACAACAUCAAAGAGACUGCUCUCUCGAUCCUCCAGUUCAGAUUGUGACUGAGGAUGAAGAUCUGCUGGGGGGGCCGGGUCAAACAGACAACACCAACACAUCACAGGACAGAUCCUACAGGGCAGAAUUCACAGGUUGUUUAAGCAGCCAUAGAAGUGUAGAAAGCCCAGGAAGCACCAGUGGCUCUGAAUGUAAGACUGACCUUUAUACCUCACUCUUCCCAGAAUCCUCACCUCAACCUGGCUGCCCAGUGGACCAGAACUCGUGGAUGAAGAGCAACAUCAUUAUUGAGAAUCUAGAGAGCACUAAAGUGGCGGUGGCACAGCUUUCACAGUUGACGCACUCGGACAGCUCAUCUCUGCUGCAGCAGCUCCUCGCCCUGCAAAUACAACAGAUCCAACAGCUGCAGCUGAUCGAUCAAAUCCGUCACCAGCUUCUGUUGUUUUCUUCUCACCAAGCCAAGAUACCGGAGACCCUGCUGAACUACACCAAAGACCUGCCAUCUUCAAAAUCCACCAAUCAGCUCAAGGCUCUCAGCACUCAACUUUCUCAGCAACUAGCUGCAGCUGCUGGUUUAGCUAAAUGCUUGUCAGCUCAGUCUGCUAACAUCACUGACUUCAAGCAUUUUACAGCCAAAGAGCAGUUCUCACGCUCAGAGUCCUCACAAAGGUUUAGCAAACUUGUGACAACAGCAGUCCCCGAGCACAUGGACUGUGGUUCCCCUGACUUCCUGUCCCAAACCAAGAUGUCUUCUUUGAUGUUUAGCAAUAAUUGUUUCAUCAGUAGGACUUCCAAGAUCUCCUACUUACCUUCAUCUUGCAGCGAGCACACAGCUUCAGAUUCUAUACCAAACAUCAGUGAGAUUGUGGAAGAUCUGGAUGCCCUCGCAGGCUUGGCCCAACAGAGGAAAUGCAAGAAUCUAAAGCUCCCUGCACCCAAGCUGUCUCCGAAAGAGUUGCUCUUCAAAUGCAGAUUUUGUGCCAAAGUUUUUGGAAGCGACGGUGCCUUGGAAAUUCAUCUGCGGUCACACACCGGAGAACGACCGUACAAAUGCAACAUCUGUGGAAACUGGUUCUCCACACGGGGGAACCUCAAGGUUCAUUUUCAGAAGCACAAAGAGAGGCACCCGCAUAUCCAAAUGAACCCUUAUCCUGAACACCUGGACAGUAUCAAAACCAAUGCUGGGAUUCUUUUAGGUACAUCCUUGUCACUGGAAAAAGUAGCUGAUCUUUACUUCAAUUCAGUAGCAACCAUGGACUUCAGGUCUUCUACAAAGACCUCUGACUCAGCUGAGGCCAGGCAACAAAGAACAAUGAAUCUUAAAAAUGAAAAUUUAAAACCAUCUUUUAACUUCCUGUCAGAGGAAUCCACCAAUGUCAUACCCAAUCCAUUCACCUAUCCCAAUCCUACCUCAUUUUCCAGAUUCCUUUCAUUAAAAUGUGCUAACGACUCCAAACUCCAGCUGCCAUUAGACACCACUGACAAACGAGCGUCAGACCCAAAUGAGUGCGUCAUCUGCCAUCGUAUACUGAGCUGUCAGAGUGCCCUGAGGAUGCACUAUCGGACACACACAGGGGAGCGUCCCUACCAGUGUAAGCUCUGUGGCCGAGCUUUCACAACCAAAGGAAACCUGAAGACACACCAAGCUGUUCACCGUGCCACCGUCCCGUUUAGGGUCCAGCACUUAUGCCCCAUCUGCCAAAGGAAAUUCACAAAUGCUGUAGUCUUGCAGCAACACGUACGCAUUCACACGGAAGGUCACUUUCUCAAUUCAGACCUUACGAAUUGGAAAUACUCAGCUGAUUUUAAAGAAGGAUUGGACGACAAAACAAACUUUUCAAAUGACAAUAAUGGGGAUGAUCGAUUGUCUAGAUUCACAUCAUCCAUCCAUUUGUCCCCAUCUCUACCUGAUGCUAACAAGAGCACAAGUUACCAUGGGCCACAUGGGAAAAUCAAAUGGAUCAAAACAGAGAGGCCAGAGGGAUCAAAUGAGGAAUGCAGUCAAACAAACAACCAACCAGCUGGUGAAAGCAAUCAGUGGAGUAGCACAUUCCCCAUGUCUGAACCGUCUCUGUACCCUAAUGACCAAGUUCCAAUAUAUUUUAAGACUGCAAAGCUUCAUGAACCGUUCCAGACAUGGCUUGACUCUACAGCGCCUGCCGACCUGAAAGAAUUUAACCAGGCAGAGGAUUCGCCAAGCUUGAUUCACAGAGAAAAGGGGUUCCUGAAGAACACUUACUGCGAUAUAUGUGGGAAGAAUUUUGUCUGUCAAAGCGCCUUGGAAAUCCACUACAGGAGCCACACCAAGGAGAGACCCUUUAUCUGCACAAUAUGCAACAGGGGCUUUUCCACUAAGGGGAAUCUCAAGCAACACAUGCUCACACAUCAAAUGAGGGAUUUCCCACCACAUCUCUUUGAACCCUCCACUCCUGAGCAAGCACCCAACCAUAACAGUGCAGAGUUAUCUGUUAGCUCACAAGCUGUAAAGACAGACCUGACUGCUUUCCUGAGCUCCUCUUUUAGGAAUGGUGUGGAUCCUUCUUGUCAUUCACAGAGCUCCUGUGUUUUCCCUCUAUGUGCUGUAGCACCACCUCGCCGGACGCCCAAACAGCACCACUGCAAGACCUGUGGGAAGAGCUUCUCCUCCUCUAGUGCUCUGCACAUCCAUGAGAGGACUCACACUGGGGAAAGGCCAUUUGCCUGCGCCAUCUGUGGACAAGCUUUUACUACUAAAGGGAAUCUAAAGGUU